GUUAUCUCCAACGGAAAACAACAAUGAAUCGAAGAUAACUCCACUAGUUUCACUAUGGCAAUUUGAAAAAAAAUCAUAUGGGUUGUUUUGGAUGGAUCAAUUGCAAAACGGGACAAUUUAGCCAAUUCUCUCAUUUUACAAAAUGAAUCAUUUAAAACGAGUCAAUUCGAAUUACCUGCCCUCACCCCAAACAAUUGUAAUUGUCUCAAAAUGAAUCAAUUCAGAAUUUCCCAUGCCAAAUAACUUCGUCCAAAUUUUCUGCUACCAAACGAGUCAAUCUGGCACAAUUAUCUCAAAACGAGUCAAUUGUAUCAUAUAGAUCCAUUAGAAUUCCUCAUCCAAAUCACCCCAUAGUUCCUACUUCCUAUGCAUCAAAUCCCUCCACCACAUAUUUUUCAAUACUGUGAUUUCGAAUAAUCACACGACGGUAAUCUGAAUAAUCACACCACUUUCCUUAAAUUCCUCCUCCAAUUGGAUGACUAACUAGUUGAAUCAAAAGUUAAGAAAAUAAUUAUUGGUUUCUAUUUAACUAUAUGUACGAACCAUUAUGGUUUAUUAGUGGAGUGAAAUAAAAUAAAAUAAACAACUAAGAAAUCAAAGUGAAUCGAAUCUAUAAUAUACUACAACUACAAAAAGCAAGUAAUCAUUCGUAAAAUAACUACAAAGCGUCUUCAAAUUCCCUUCCUUUUUUCUACUCCCCACUAUUCAGGACAAGUGGUGAAGUAGCAAACCCAGAUCCUCCAAACUAGCAUUUCCACCACACACUCACCAUUUCCUGCUCAACCCAAACCAGCCAGCCAUGGAAGGAACCAAGAAAUGCUCCGCCAACUACGUCCCCUUAUCUCCCAUCACCUUCCUCGACCGCUCCGCCGUCGUCUACGCCGACCGCCCUUCCAUCGUCCACGGCGCCGUCACCUACACCUGGCGCCAAACUCGCCAGAGAUGCGUCCAGCUCGCCUCUUCCCUCGCUUCCCUCGGCGUUUCCCGCGGAGAUGUGGUUGCUGCUUUGGCACCAAACAUUCCAGCAAUGUACGAGCUACAUUUCGCGGUUCCAAUGGCAGGAGCAGUUCUAUGCUCGCUCAACACACGCCACGAUUCAGCGAUGGUCUCCGUCCUUCUCAAACAUUCAGGAUCGAAACUCAUUUUCGUGGACCACCAGUUCCUCCUCGUUGCUCAGGGAGCCCUGCAAAUCCUCUCCAAGACAUCAACCAAGCUUCCUCGAUUAGUCGUAAUCGCGGAAAGUGGUGAUCAAAUAGCUAGUCCAGAUUCGUACGAGUCCCUUCUAGCCACGGGGGAUCCGGACUUCGAGAUCAUUCGGCCAAACGAUGAAUGGGAACCAAUUGCAUUGAACUACACCUCGGGCACUACAUCGAGUCCCAAAGGUGUGGUUUAUAGCCACAGAGGGGCGUAUCUGAACUCUCUUGCUGCUGCUUUACUCAGCGAGAUGCAUUCGAUGCCGGUUUACCUGUGGUGUGUUCCAAUGUUCCAUUGCAAUGGCUGGUGCUUCACCUGGGCUGUUGCUGCAAUGGGUGGGACGAAUAUAUGUCUGCGAAAUGUCGCUGCAGCUGGGAUCUUCGACAGCAUUGCUCGAUACAACGUGACUCACAUGGGUGGUGCACCGACGGUGUUGAACAUGAUCAUCAAUGCACCGGAUAAUGAGAAGAAGCCGCUCCCAGGGAAGGUUGGCGUGAUGACUGGUGGGGCGCCUCCUCCUCCUCAGGUACUAUUUAAGAUGGAAGAGCUAGGAUUCGACGUCACUCAUUCCUAUGGCCUGACCGAGACCUAUGGACCUGGCACCAUAUGCACCUGGAAGCCUGAAUGGUCAUCCCUCCCUAGAGAAGAACAAGCCAAGAUCAGGUCCCGUCAGGGAGUCCAACACCUCGGCAUGGAAGAGAUCGAUGUCAAAGAUCCAGUCACCUUGAAGAGUGUUGCUGCAGAUGCGAAAACCAUGGGAGAGGUCAUGUUCAGAGGGAACACAGUGAUGAACGGUUACUUCAAGAACCAGGAAGCAACAGAUGAGGCAUUCAAAGGCGGAUGGUUGAGGAGCGGUGACUUGGGAGUGAAGCAUCCCGACGGGUACAUAGAACUGAAGGACAGGUCGAAGGAUAUCAUAAUCUCCGGUGGGGAGAACAUCAGCACGAUCGAGGUCGAGUCCGUUUUGUUCAGCCAUCCAGCCGUGCUCGAGGCAGCAGUCGUGGGGAGACCCGACGAGCACUGGGGGGAGACGGUUUGUGCUUUCGUGAAGGUGAAGGAAGGGGUUGGUAGUAGUAGCAGCUUGAGUUCUGUGGAGGUGAUUCAGUAUUGUAGAGAUCGGCUGCCUCAUUAUAUGGCGCCGAGGAGCGUUGUGUUUUUGGAUGAUCUGCCGAAGACUUCGACAGGGAAGGUGCAGAAAUUUGUGCUGAGGGAGAAGGCUAAGGGCAUGGGGAGCUUGUCGAAGCAAAGGAAUAGCAAACUGUAAAAACCAAAUCGCAGGUGUGGUAACUCUUGUAAUGAGAGAUUAUUAUCUGUUGUUGUGAAAUAUCAACUGUAAACCAAAUUGAUCACCCUGAGCAGGUGCCUGAGUGAGAGCUCUACCAUGAACCCAAGACUCGGGAGGUCCACUCAAGUGUAAGAAUAAUUUGUUAUUUCGAAUGUAUAAAGAUUAAAGGGGAUGGCACUGCUCAUUGUACACAUAAUGAAAACAAGCCCCUAAAUCUACUCAAUUCUGUGCAAUGAAGUUUGUGUCGUAAG